AUGACCCCCAAACCCAAACCCCUUCGCCUCUGGCGCAAACAAAAGAACGGCACCUUCUCCCCACCCGGCAAAGCCCCCGCAACAACCAAACUCACCCUCCCAUGCGACAUGCUCUCCCCGGACAAACCCUGGAUGGAACGCAUUCAGAUCAUCGAACGACCACCUUACAUCCCACCCAUUCGGCCGAUGCCCAUCGUGUGGGAGCUGAAGCACAACAACCACUCCCUCCGAAGCAGCAAAUCCGAGGAGAUCGCGUUCCGACACCUCGGCACCGGCCCUGUGUCGGCCUCGGACAACACCGGCGACAUGAAGACCCUCCAGCAGAAUCACGCAUCGAACGUGCUCCGACAGACUCCGGAAUGGUCGGCGAAGAAAGUCCUCGCCGCGAGGGCGACGAGCGUGUUUCUUGAGAAGCAGCAAUGGUUAUGGGGUAAAUUCGAUGGAAGCAGCUGUGCUGCGAAGAGGCAAGCGUUGAUUGUGGACAUCACGUGGGCUUGCAAAGAGAUGGAUAGGAGGAACCAGGAAUUUUUCGACGAGGUGGAGGUACUGGAGCAGACGAGGAUCAUGGAAGGGAUGGAAGAGGGUGAGAGGGAGAUUUGCAACUGA